UUAUCAUCUUAAAAAUGAAAAAAUUAAAGAUUUUAAUUUUUCAAAAAAAAUACUAAACUCAAUUCCAAUCUUAAUCGAUUCAAUAAAGGAAAAUUCUUUUGAUUUAAUUAAAAAACUAUUAAUCCUAAUAGAAAAAAAUCUAUCAAACUUAGGUGAAAACUUAUUCAACUAUAUAAUACUUUUGAUCAAAAAUUGGAAUCAAAUUGUAUCAAAAAAUAAAAACUUAAGAAACUAUUAUUUAAACUCUUCAAUCGAAUUAACCUUGAGACUAUCAAAUUUUGACGGUACAAAUGAUGAUAACUCUGAUAGUAAUAUAAUGAAUUUUAACCCCUUACAAUACGAUCAAAUAAGUAAAGAAUCCAUUGAUUUGAACCCGAUAUAUGAUGCUAUAUUAAUCUAUCAAACAAUUGAUGAUUUAGAAUCGUUAAAAACAGAAUUUAAUAAAGAAUGGAACAAAAAAAAGGAAAGAUUAGUUUAUCCUGCUUUCAACAAUAAAAUCAAUAACGAUAAUAAUGACCAACAAUCUUUCUUCAAGGAUAACCAAACCCUAAAGGUUUUCUUAUAUAAACUAUCUGCUUUUUUUAUUAUUGAUAAAAUUAUAAAUGAAAGUACUCAUUAUCAAUUGAAAUCUUUAGAUCAAAUCAAUAACUCCUGGGAUUCAAUUAUAGAUAAAUUAUUACCAAUAUUAAUCA